CGGCCUAGUCUGGGGGUUCUGAGAGAAGCUGCAGAAGGGGGACCUGCCGGUGCACGCGCCACGAGCUGUGGCAGGCUGUGGCGGUUUCACCAGCCGCCGUCAUGGCGAACCAGGUGCCCUCCGGCUCCUCCAUUAACACUCAGAUGCGGUCUCUGAAGGAUGAGUUUGAUUCUCUGCAAGAAGUGAAGGAUGUCGAGAUGGAACGCCUGGAACGAGAACUGCGGGAAGCCAACGAGGAGAUCCAUAACCUGCGCCUGGAUGCUGAAGAGGCCGCUGCCUUGCAUGAGAACGAGAUUGCUGGCAUGCAAGAGGAGCUUUGCCGCCUGAAGGCUGAGCUGGAUCGGGUGCAGCUUGUCCGUAAUGAAUAUGACAUGGAGGUCACUGCCUUGCGUGCCGAGAUCAAUAUGAAAAAGGGACCAGAUACAGGAGACAGCCAGACUGCUCCGGAGACGGUUGUGAUGGCACAUGCUGAUGAACAUCUUUCCAGUGCUGCGGAGGAGGUGGCCAGACUACAAGGUAAUUGGGGACUACCCACAUUGAGGGUGACCUUAGAGGACUAG